UUAUAUAACAAUGGACAAUAACAAAAACUGCAAAUCUCUCUCCAUAUCUAUAGAUCCAGAAGGUGGGUCAAAUUGUGCAGAGGAGAGAGUGGCAAAAAAUGGUGAAGUUAGGAUAGAGGGUGGUGAGAAAGUUUGUGGAUCAGAAGAUAUGAGAGGUAAUCAUAAUCAUACUCAUACUCAUACUCCUUCUCCUUGUGGAGGGAAGGAGAGUUUUGGAAUAGAGAAGGGGAAGGGUGAAACAGGGCAGAGAUUGAAUGGGAAAGGCAGGCAGAGGCAGAAGCAGAAGAAGCUGAACAGGCAUAUGUCUCUUGGGACAGCUUUCUCCAUCAUAAAGAGGGAAACUGACUUGGAGCCCAGUUCUUCUUUGCCCAGAAGUUAUAGCAUGUCUAAGGAGAAUUACUCCAUGUUUAGAACCCAUAGACAGAACUCUCCUAUGCAGGGACAGACACCAAAUGCCCAGGAAUCUGAGCUUGCAGAUAACUGUCCUCAGCUCUCCAAUGGACAAAUUCCGGCUGGGAGAUACUUUGAUGCCUUGAAGGGUCCAGAGCUUGAUGUUUUAAAGGACUAUGAAGACAUCUUGCUUCCUCUAGAUGAAAAAUGGCCAUUUCUUCUGAGAUUUCCCAUUGGAAGUUUUGGAAUCUGUUUGGGGCUGAGCAGCCAGGCGAUACUGUGGAAGAACCUUGCUAAAAUUCCAUGGCUCCACUUCCUCCAUGUAGCAGCACUUCGCAUCAACAUGGCCCUCUGGUGUUUAAGCCUAACUGCUCUCAUUGUAAUCUUGUUCACAUAUACACUGAAAUGCAUAUUUUAUUUGGAGGCAGUGAGAAGGGAGUACUAUCAUCCAGUAAGAGUGAAUUUCUUCUUUGCUCCAUGGAUUGUCUGCAUGUUUUUGACGAUUGGGUUACCUCAAUCCAUCUCAGAAGAGGUUCACCCAGCUCUGUGGUGCAUCUUCAUGAGCCCUGUGUUUGCAUUGGAGCUCAAGAUAUAUGGGCAAUGGCUUUCUGGUGGGAAAAGGAGGCUAUCCAAAGUGGCCAAUCCUUCAUCACAUUUAUCAAUAGUUGGGAACUUUGUAGGGGCUCUUUUAGCUGCCCAAGUGGGUUGGAAGGAGCAUGCAAUGUUUUUCUGGUCUAUUGGAGUAAGCCAUUAUACUGUGUUGUUUGUCACUCUUUAUCAGAGACUGCCAACAAGCGAAGCCCUGCCUCAGGAGCUCCAUCCGGUCUUCUUUCUUUUCAUUGCGGCGCCCUGCACAGCAAGCGUGGCGUGGGAGAAAAUCCAUGGCAAAUUUGACAGCGUUUCCAGGCUGGCAUAUUUCAUUGCCAUUUUUCUUUAUGCAUCACUGGUGGUUCGAGUCAAUUUUUUCAGAGGAUUCAGGUUUUCUGUGGCCUGGUGGGCAUACACAUUUCCAAUGACUGCAGCAUCCAUAGCUACAAUUAGAUAUUCAAACACAGUAGACACCACUUUCACCAGAGGCCUGGCAAUAGUUCUCUCCUUGAUAUCUUCUACAACAGUCUCAACUCUAUUUGUGACAACCUUGUUACAUGCAUUAGUUUGGCACUCUCUAUUUCCAAAUGACUUGGCCAUUGCAAUCACUCAUAAGCGCAUCAAGCAUAAGAACAAGAAGGAAAAACCUGCUAGCAUUGACCUGGAACAUCAUACAGCUCCAAUUAAGCGCAGCAUGGAAUUACUGAGAUCAGGCAUAAAAAAACAGCAAGCCAGAUUAUUUAGCUGGAACUGAGAGUUCCCAACCAAACUUCCCAAAGAUAUAUCUAACAUCAAUAGAAAGCAAAUCAGUUAUACGCUAUCAUUACAUGUUUCAAGUGCUUCAUCAAAUUUUCCUAUGGGAAAAACAACAGAUUACACGAUACAGACACAAGCAGUUACAGAAGUGCCUUAUAUGGUACUCUUAUGUUCUGAAGCAAGGAGAGGAAUGGGUCAAAUAUAAAGCAAUAUUUCUGGGACCUGUAACAUUUUUAUUACCAAAUCCCGUCUAUCUUCAAUAAUCAGAACUAUACUAUAAAGAAAUUAUUGAUGGUAUAAGGUUAUUG